CUACAGGCGAAUAUCCGUCGAAUAUCCAACCUGAAACUGGUUUUACCUCGGUUGUAAAAUGACGUAUAAUUGCAUGGAAUGCGUUUAUAAAAGGCCACAUUUUUCCCGGACCCCUAGGCUACUAAAAAAUGUUACCCAUCUAUGCAAGUUUUGUAAGUGCCUCUACUGCUCUAUGCCACUACGUAAAUGCGAUGAUAUGCAUGCAAUGUUUAAAAAUAUAUAUAAUGUAUGCCUUGCCUACGAGUACCUCAGCUCCCCAGGUCACACCCCUUUCGCGCUCACUUUUUGUUCCGUCGCCUCCCGAUUUGCACAUUUAAGCACUAAUUGUCAGUGUAUGUACUUUACCUGUAGGUAGGCUUUAUGUGACAGAUAACAUUUACAGCAUAUGUUCCAAAAUAAAAAUAUAACGUUUAAACGGAGUUAAAGCUUCAAAUGUCACGGAUGGAGCCGUCCAAUUGAUACCUUUUGGGUGGCUCAACCCGUUGGAAAGUUGUCAAGGAGGGCUGUCACGAUAUGUUCUUAACUCCGUUACACAUGGCAGUUUUAUUUGAUUUUUUACAAGUUGGCACAUAUGCUGUACAUGUUACCAGUGCGAAGCAGAGGAUCACUGGUUGAGACCAGUAUGGGGCAGUCGUACAGUGGAGGUUAACUUGAAGAAGAAUGGCGCCGAAGGAGAUGGCUGCCGGUUUACGAUCCCGUAACCAAUUGUGCUAUUGUGUUUUUGUAAGCAUUUCACUGUAAAGUCGGUAUUCGGCGCAUGUGACAAAUAACAUUUGAUUUGAAACCAACCCCCUUUACACAUGAUACCGCUCCGUUCUGCUGAUCGAGGGACUGAGCUCAUUGAUCCAGAGAGGAAAUCAAGCGCAUAACAUUUUGAUUACAACUGCUGGGACUAGUUUGAUUAUUCCAAUGUAAAUAUAAUCUCCUGUAGGCCUACAUACAGUAUUUUAAAAUACACAUUGAGUUUUUAACAUCCUAAUACCUAUCAACAUUGGAUGUUAUACCAUUUAUAUUUAAAUUAUUUUAUACCAAUUCCUCAAGAUAAAGAGUACUAGUACUUAGAACUAGGAUAAAUGUAGCCUCUAUACCUAUUUGUGUGUACAAUAACAAAUAAACAUAGGACGUCACUAUGAAUAUAUUUUCAUUUUAUGCAACAUACAAAUGUAUUUAUAUGUGUGAUAGAUUAUAGACUGAGCUAGACGCAUCACCAUCCGUUUUAAACACUAACGGUUGGGGUUCUUGAACAUUCCCCAUAAUUCCUCACCCGAUGUCAACGCCCCGGACCCGAACACCUACAGUCGGAUUCUAACACCAGGAAGUAAAUCGGAAAGAAUAUUGUAAAAUAUUGUAUUGCCUGUUUUCAGCUAAGUUUUAUAUUGCGAGUUAAGCUGUUGUCUAAGUAAACAAUAACGUUGAUCUGACAGUGUUGCAUCCAAUUUCGCACCCACAAAUAAACUGUUAUUGGCGAUAGUACGUUUGGUCUAUGUUGUGUUCAUGUGCUGUUUGUUGGCAACGAUACCCCUAAAUCAAAGGUUGUUAUUUUAAGGUACAGCUGAUAAACCUUUUACGGUAAAUUCAACAGUAGGUCCGACCUACUUGGUACUUUCAACAAUACGGAUUCGCCUCCCUCUGGCUCAAGGGUUGCUGAGAAAAAUGUAUGUCAGCCGAACUCCUGCAUAUAUUUUCCAUACCUGCAGGGACACAAUGGUGGCAGUAUUGUAGACUACAUUCAUCCUUGAACCAGCGAGACGCCAGCUGAGAGUUGGAGAUGCCUCUAUUCCGUGCCAUGAUGGAGCCCAGGGCUGAGAAACGGGUAGUGAGAAAGAGGAAGAUUAGAGGACGAGGAAGAUGGGAGGAGGAUGAUGAUCACCCUCCCCGACUGACCCAGCUUUGUCUGCGGAACUUGGCGGAGAACAUGAAGGAAGUGUGGGUCAAAGACUACGCUGACAAUUACAUGGAUCAGUACUUCUUCAGAUAUGUCAUGGGCCCCUUCACCCUGCUGCCGGGUGAGCUGGUGGAGGAGCUCCUGUCUGUCCUGUCCUCCAGGCGUGAGUUGUCCCGUGCGGCGCUACACCUCCUGUUGAUCCCUCAGCUCAGAACCCUAUCUCUUGGGGGCUACUCUGCCCUGGUCACCCCCAGCCUCUGCACCCUCAUCGGGAUUCGCUGCCAGAGCCUGCAUUCCAUGGACCUCUCUGGAGCCCAGCAGGUGUCUGCCCAUGUCCAGUGUGACCUGCUGGGUUGUCUGCCUUCCCUGCGCUCCCUCUCUCUGGCUGGCACCCCUUGUGACAGACAGGUUGUGGAGGUGGUUGCCCGCCACUGCCCCGCGCUGCGCCACCUCGACGUGUCCCGCUGCCACUUCCUUCCCCCCGCAGGCCUGCUCUGCCUGAGGGGUUCCUCCUGUGCCUCCCCACCACCCCUCAGCAGCCUGCUGGCUCUGGAUGUGGGUUUUGGGGAGGAGGACGGGGUGGCUGCCAUGGCCUUCCUCCUGCUCUCCCUGCCGUGGCUGGAGAGAGUGGCAAUGGAGGGCCUGGGGGAGGCCUGUGGCCUCAUACACAGCAGGGAGUUCGGAGGGACUGAGGAGCUCAUGACCAGAGAGGGGCUGCCCAGUCUCUGGGAGGUGUGGAGGGAGAGAAGGCAGAGUGGGAGGGCCACAGACACAGGAGAGAUAUCAGGAGCAGAUGUGGAGGAAAUUGAAGAGGAGGAAAAUGACAACCGUUUCUCGUGGGCGAGUGAGGGUGAGAGUGAGGAUGAGGGUACAGGUGAGGAGACAAUGGGAGUUGGAGGUGGAAGAGGUGACGCCCAGAUGAGAACAAGGAAGGAAAUAGAAGAAGACAGUGUUGAGAAAGGAAGAGAAGAGGGAGUGGGGGGGGCAGGGGGUGAGGGCUUUACCUUACGUCUAAGGGAGGCGCAGGGCAUGUCUGGUGGGACUCUGGAGGCUGUAAGUCAGCUUUGCCCCGAGCUGCGCUCUAUAUCACUGGACUGUGAGGAGGGUGGGCCUAGCCAGGGGUCUUGUCUGGCUGCAGGCCUGGCCAGGUGGGCGGGCCAGCUGAGGGGACUCUCUGUGCGCUUCCCGGGGCCCCUGGAUGAGCUGCUGCCUGCCCUGCGUGCUAUGAAGGGCUCCCUGGUUUCUCUCACCCUGGAAGGGGUCAGAACCAACUCUCACACACCCAUGCUGGAGCUCCUCCACGCCUGUCCCAGGCUGAGGAGCCUCGUCGUCCAUGCUGAGCCUCCUUUAGCCCCCCAGGAGGAAGAGGAGGACGAGGACGAGGACAGGGAUCUACCCUGUCUACCCCAACUGUGCUCUCUCUCCCUAAACUUCUCCUAUGACCAGCGCCAGAUGAAGACCGUCAUGUCCUGGAGGUCUCUGGGGGGGGCGUUGUGGCGCGUACUAUCCGGCUCUCCCCUCCUGGAGAGGGUCUCUCUGGUGGCAGUGCCCUGUCCGCUGGAGCCUGUGUUCCAGAAGCUUCUGAAGCGCCCCGCCGCCCGACCCCACAGCCCUCCACUACAACAACUAUGCCACCUCAGCCUUGUUCGCAGUGACGUUUCCAUGGAGACUGCGUCGGGCCUGAUGACCAUUAACAGGCGUCUGAGCAGCCUGGACCUGAGAGGCUGCUGGGCAGUGAGCUUGGACAACAUGAGGCAGUUACAGAGGACAGCCACCAGGAGGCAACGUUGUAUCACUAUCACCUGGACAUGAUGUGCUUUACAUCUGACAACAGGCUGCCAGGCGGGGGCAUCCUCAUUCACACAUACUGUAUGUUUGGGGCAAAUCCAACACAUCACUGAGUACCACUCUUGAUAUUUUCAAACAUGGUGGUGGCUGCAUCAUGUUAUGUGUAUGCUUGUCAUCGGCAAAAACUAGGACGUUUUUUAGGAAAAAAAUUAACUGAAUAGAGCCAAGCACAGGCAAAAUCCUAGAGGAUAACCUGGUUCAGUCUGCUUUCCAACAGACAC